UAUGUAAUUUUACUUAAACAUUACUUGUAGUAAGAUACAGUGAAUCUAUGGGAGGCAGUGGUCCUUAGAAGAUUAGGAAAAAGCAAAUAAAUAAAUACUUUAAGUAUACUCCAAGAGCAUGGACGUAAUGCAAAGAAUAACAGAAAAUAUUAAAUCACAAUUAUAUGAAUUAUCCCGGAAUUAAGCACAAAAGUAAUUGCUGUCCUGGGGCAGAGCUCAUCAGUGGAAGAUUUCGAACGCGUCGCGAUUACGUCACAAGGGAGAACCGGAAGCGACCUGAACCUAAGCAGCCGGUGGAAUCUGUAAAUUAUUAUAAGUGUCGAUUUGAACUUUAAUUAAAGCGUGCCGUAUUCGAGCAGUGUCCUCCGCGUACACAGCUUUGUGUCGCGGUUUCUGUAGCAGCGAGCGGCUGUUAAAUGUUCUUUUUCAACGGGCUGCAGCAUCUGUUUACAGCAGCUAGGCUAGGGAGCUAGCGUUGCGAGCUAACCGGCUUUCUUCACGGUGAAGGAGCCGGUGGUUUUAAAGGUGAAGUGACCGGCUGCUUGGAAGGUGGUCCGUCUUUGUUAAUGAUUUGUGGGAGAGAGAGAGAUGAUUGCGCAGUGAACUAAGACGGACAACAGACUCCUCAAGUAUUCAGCAUCAAACCUACGUUGAUAGCUCAAGUAACCCAGGUAAGCGGGGACCAGGACAUGGCCAGUAAUCCCGGGACAGGCUCUACCUGCCAGGCUAAUGGAGAAGACAAAACAGGACAGGUGUCCAGCUCCGGGCGUUCAUGUCGCCACCAGUCCGAGUCGGAGUCGGACGCUGGCCCGACGGUGAAGAGCUUAUCUCGGCUGUGCAGCAGGGACGAAGGGGAACGGUCUGUAGCCCUGGAGGAGCUGAGCCAGGCGGUGCUGACGUCCUUAGGCUUGGACCGGCCCGGUUCGGCUCGGCUGAGCAAGCAAACCCUGCUGCAUCUUCUUCGUCUGUCCAGAUCGUGUCCUCUGCAGGAGGUGCGAGGGAGAGCCGCCGAGCUGCUGCGGACCGCUCAGCAACAAGGAGUUGAAGUACCUCGGGCCCUGGCUUCAGGUCCAAGUGCCUUUAUUCCUGCAAAAGAGAUGUUGAAAGAAGGUUCUGACCAGGACAUCCUCAUUGAAUCUUUUCUUUCACUGGGCCGUGUGGACCACGUCACCAUGGUGAUGGCGCUGCACCCCGCCUACCUCAGUUGCUUCCUGAGGACCCAGCACGCGUUGUUGGAGCUGGACGGCCCCUUACCCCGACACUGGAGACAUUACAUCGCCAUCAUGGCCGCGGCUCGGCACCAUUGUCAGUACGUGGUGCAGCAGCACAGCGCCGGUUUCCUGGAGGCCGGAGGGGAAGAGAGCUGGCUGAGCGGCCUCGAGCACGCUCCCACCAAACUCCGCAGUCUGCAAACGCUCAACAAGCUGCUGGCACACAGACCCUGGCUCAUUACACAGCAGCACAUCCAGGAGCUGGUGUGUCCCGGGGCAGACCCUCGCUGGUCACUGGCUGAACUAAUACACGCCGUGGUGUUGAUGGCGCACGCUCACUCCCUCUGCUCCUUUGUGUGGGGCUGCGGUUUAAACCCAGAACCUGACCACACUGGAGGUUACACCUUCCAACCUCCAUCACCCAGCCACCUUCCCCGCAGCCCUCACAGCCCUCACAGCCCCGCGCACGAAGACGGCAGGCAGGAGACAGUUGACGGAGCAAUGGAGGUGGAGGUGCUGAUGAAGAGGAUGGUGGAGCUGCAGCAGCAGGAGGAGGAGUGUACACAGGAGGAGAUGGCUACUCGGUUUGAGAGAGAGAGGAGUGAAAGUAUACCAACAGCGGUGGUACGGGGAGCCCCACCUGACCUGGUGCUGUGUCUGGUGGAGGAACCUGAGUUCAGAUACGAAGACUUUGCCCCCAGAGGAGAGCAGUCCCCACCUACUAUGAGAGCACAGGACUAUUCCUGGGAGGACCACGGAUACUCUCUGCUCAACAGACUACUGCCAGACAUGGGCCAGCUCCUGGAUGAGAAAUUUCAGGUGGUGAGCAACAUGACCUACCACAGGAUGGCCAUGCACGAGGGCGUGGACACUCACACUCUGAGAAAAGCUCUGUGGAACUACAUCCACUGCCUCUACGGGAUUCGUUACGAUGAUUACGACUACGGCAGCGUGAAUGUGUUGCUGGAGCGCUCUCUGAAGGUGUUUGUCAAAACCAUGGCCUGUCACCCAGAGCAGACCACAACGCGCAUUUAUCACGCCUUCUGGAGACACUUCAGGCCCUCUGAAAAGGUUCAUGCGAACCUAAUUGUGAUGGAAGCCCGGCUACAGGCUGCCCUGCUUUAUACUUUACGAGCCAUCACACACUACAUGAGAUGACACUCACACAUAGUAGCAUCGAUUCUGAGCCAGCUUUGAUGAUCUUGCACACACACACAACCAGACACACACUACAGUGAAUGUUUAUAUGAGCAUAUCGUAUGUUUCAGUGUUAAUGUUCUGAUGCUGCUUUGCUACUGGGAGAUUAGAUAUAUUUAAAAUUUGUUACUUGUAUUGCACUGAAGUGUAUCAGGUUUUGUUUCCCCUCUUGAGCCUUGAGUUUUCUCUCGAAUGUCUUGCACACAUUUCUGUCAUAGAGGACGUGCUUGUUGUCUGUGAAUGUAGCUAAAACUAAGUGAUUAUUUAAGUGACAGCAGGACUUCUGUGGUUUAUCUGACGAAUACAGGUCGGCACAGCAUUACUACUCAUGCUUCUGCCAUAAAACAAGACAAAACAACAUGUAUUUUUAUAUACAAUAAAAACUUUGUUAUCAAAA